GACAAUGAACUUCCUCAGCUGCAUUUUAGUUUAUCGCCGGUUCCUCCUCGUAGUUUUCACUCUGCUGGUUUUAUUGCCGUUGCCCCUCACCCUCCGCACCAAGGAAGCAGAAUGCGCUUACACCCUGUUUGUCGUUGCCACGUUUUGGCUGACAGAAGCUCUGCCUCUGUCGGUAACAGCUUUGCUGCCCGGCUUAAUGUUCCCUCUGUUUGGUAUCAUGCCUUCCAAGGAGGUGGCAUCUGCUUAUUUCAAAGAUUUUCACCUGCUGCUAAUUGGAGUCAUCUGUUUAGCUACAUCAAUAGAAAAAUGGAAUCUGCACAAAAGGAUUGCUCUGAGAAUGGUCAUGAUGGUGGGUGUGAACUCAGCUUGGCUGACCUUGGGGUUCAUGAGCAGUACUGCCUUCUUAUCCAUGUGGCUUAGCAACACCUCGACUGCUGCCAUGGUGAUGCCCAUCGUGGAGGCUGUGGCCCAGCAGAUCAUCAGUGCUGAAGCAGAGGUUGAGGCUACUCAGAUGACUUAUAUCAGUGGAUCGAUCAACCAUGGACUGGAAACAGAUGAAAAUGUUAACGAACAUGAAACAAAUGAGAGAAAAGAGAAAACAAAACCAGUUCCAGGAAACAGUAAUGAUGCAGGGAAAAUCUCAAGCAAGAUGGAGCUGGAAAAGAAUUCAGGCACGGGAAACAAAUAUCGAACAAAGAAGGACCACAUGAUGUGUAAACUUAUGUGCUUGUGCAUUGCUUACUCUUCUACCAUUGGUGGAUUGACAACGAUCACUGGUACCUCCACCAACUUGAUCUUCGCUGAGCAUUUCAAUAUGCGCUACCCUGAUUGUAAUUGCAUCAACUUUGGAUCAUGGUUUCUGAUGUCGUUCCCGGCUGCUAUUAUUAUUCUCCUCUUGUCAUGGAUCUGGCUUCACUGGCUUUUCUUAGGAUUCAACUUUAAGGAGCUGUUCCAAUGUGGGAAAACUGCAACACCCAAACAGAAAGCUUGUGCUGAGGUUAUUAAACAAGAAUAUCGAAAACUCGGACCAAUAGGGUAUCAAGAAAUCGUGACCUUAGUCCUCUUCGUUGUAAUGGCCCUGCUAUGGUUCACCCGAGAUCCUGGGUUUGUGUCUGGUUGGUCCAAGCUUUUUUCAGAGUAUCCUGGUUUUGCUACAGAUUCAACUGUUGCCUUACUUGUAGGACUCCUGUUCUUUCUUAUCCCAGCUAAGAGAUUGACCAAAACUACACGUACAGGAGAAACUGUUGCUUUUGAUUACACUCCACUGAUUACUUGGAAAGAAUUCCAGUCAUUCAUGCCCUGGGAAAUAGCCAUUCUUGUUGGUGGAGGGUUUGCUUUGGCAGAUGGCUGUGAGGAGUCAGGACUAUCUAAGUGGAUAGGAAAUAAACUAUCUCCUCUAGGUUCGUUACCAGUCUGGCUAAUAAUUCUGAUAUCUUCUUUGCUCGUGACCUCCUUAACAGAGGUAGCCAGCAAUCCGGCUACCAUUACCCUCCUUCUCCCAAUACUGUCUCCGUUGGCUGAAGCCAUUCAAGUCAACCCUCUUUAUAUUUUGUUACCUUCCACUCUGUGUACUUCGUUUGCAUUCCUCCUACCAGUAGCAAAUCCACCCAAUGCUAUUGUUUUUUCAUAUGGCCAUCUAAAAGUUAUUGACAUGGUUAAAGCUGGACUUGGAGUUAAUAUUGUGGGUGUUGCUGUGGUGAUGCUUGGCAUGCUUACCUGGAUUGUACCCAUGUUUGACCUCCACACGUACCCUUCCUGGGCUCCUGUAAUUAGUAAUGAGACCAUGCCAUGACAAGCAUGAACACUGACUCUCCGGUGGUGAGUUUUGGGAACCACUAAGAAUUCACUGCAAAACUUGGCUCUAGAAAACUGAUGACACUUAAAUCAGUCCUGGUGUAGCUGCUGUAGCUCCAGUGAACACCCAAAACCUGCUUUGAGAUGCAACCAAUAGCAUCUAUGUGCCUUCAUCAAGAAGCCCAUGGCUGAGAUUUUGUUCAUGGACCAUAUGCAUCCUGAGUCAUCAUAAGAAUAAUUUAUAACUUGACCUUCAAAGAGAUUAAGGUCAUUUUCUUCAUCUUACACGCUGGGUUCAGUGUAACAUUCCAAAUGUCAAUUUAUUAUUUCA